GAGAGAGAGAGAGAGAGAGAGAGAGAGAGAGAGAGAGAUUGGAGGGAGAGACUGAGACAUCUGGACCAAAACAAAACGUAAGGGGUUCUGCCCUUAAAAAGUUCAUUAACAUCCCCGACUAAGGUCGGCUUGGUAGCUGGUCUACUUUUAUUUCCAUCUGAAGGGAUACCUCAACAGCCGGCAACAUUUCACCCAAAAGCAGACAGCCGGAUCGCCCUGCGCUGACUCGCCUGGUCGGUAGGAAGCGGCUGGUCGCGGCGGGGGUGCUGGGGGUGGUCAUGGUGCUGCUACUGGUCAUUCUCAUCCCGGUUCUGGUUAAUUCCGCGGGAACCUCGUCGCACCUUGAGAUGUUCGGCCCGUGCCGAUGGGUAUGCCCUUACGGCACCAAUUCGCCCACGAGCACCGCCAGGGCGGACACCCUGCGCGAUAACAGCUUUGCGGAGUCCGCACCCACGUUCAUCCAAGGUCCGAAGGGGGAACCAGGGAGUCCAGGGAAGACGGGUCCGAGGGGUCCCCCGGGUGAGCAAGGACCACCCGGUCACCCCGGGCCGCCGGGGGAUAAGGGAGAACCGGGACGGCCCGGUCUACCGGGACCGGCAGGACCGAACACCGCUGCCGGUGCCAUCAGCGCCGCCACCUACAGCACCGUGCCCAAGAUCGCCUUUUACGCGGGUCUUAAAAAGCAGCACGAGGGAUACGAGGUGCUGAAGUUUGACGACGUGGUGACGAAUUUGGGGAACCACUACGACCCCACGACCGGGAAGUUCACCUGCUCGAUCCCGGGGAUUUAUUUCUUCACCUACCACGUCCUGAUGCGCGGCGGCGACGGCACGAGCAUGUGGGCAGACCUGUGUAAGAACAACCAGGUACGGGCGAGCGCCAUCGCCCAGGACGCCGACCAGAACUACGACUACGCCAGCAACAGCGUGGUGCUUCACCUGGAGCCGGGCGACGAGGUCUACAUCAAGCUGGACGGGGGCAAGGCCCACGGGGGGAACAACAACAAGUACAGCACCUUCUCCGGAUUCAUCCUCUACGCCGAUUAGUGGACCGCGCAGCACCGCGCUCUGGAACUUAUUUAACCCCCGUCCCCCCGUCCCCCUCAUAUUCAGAAGCCAAAAUAUCCCCCGUCCCCCCACACACACACACUGCUCCCGCCUGUCUCUCCAGCCACUGAACCGGUUUAAUGUUAGAAGAAGAUGCUUGUUUCUUUGGGAAGAGGGUGGUAGGGGCCAUAUUGACACAGUCUCACGCGCGACAAGAACCUCAUCAUCCUUUUUUCGGGGGGGGGGGGUCUGAACGGUCCUGACGGCCUUCCCUGAGCCCACCUCAGCCAUAGUCUACUCCACACACACUGACACACACAUGCACAGACGCGCACACACACACACACACACACACACAUAUAAAGAUACACCGGGACCCACAUACACUCGCCUUGCCAUCCUGCCGUUAACAUUUGCCCGUAGCCAUAGCAAACAAACCUAACUAAAUCACAGCGAGGGCCCUGUUCAGACCUAUGGGAAGCCGUACGAUCACAGCUAGUGGUGGUAACACUAGCUGUGAUCGGCUGCGGACACCGCAGCCGAUCAACUUAGCUUAUGUCGUGAUGCACGGGGUGGUUUUCCCCCAUUUCCCGUUUGAUCAUUAAAGUGCCACCGUAUUUCAUCUUGAAAGGAAUGGUGACUACUUGUAGAAGUUACAUGAAAUUAUUUAUACAUUCAAUCCAUUGUUUUUCCAUUGUGGACUGAGCCAGUUUACACGACAAUGAUUCAUACGAUUGUCCUGAACAUUGUUUCACAAUUAAUUCCAAGAAUUGAUCGGAUUGUUGAUCGAUCAUCGACUGAACCAUAUUUUUAGUUCUGAACAGGGUCAAAGAGGAACCCAAACCCUGAAUAAUAUAUACAGACCAAACUGAAACAAUAAAUUCCACUGAAAUAAUACACGAGAAAGAAACAGUGAAAGCUCCCAAGCUGAAUAAGCUCCACUCCUGUUGCGCGUAUCAAUGUUUAGGUCAGCCCUAAUCCGAGAGCCACAGCCGUCAUCCCAGAAAGGAGUCUUUAAGCAUGAGGCUCCUUCAGCACCUUGUUCUGUUGUUUAGCCCUACGGCAUGCCCUGCAUUGUGUGUCAUGCACCCGGGUCACCUUUGAACCCACAACCCAUCCUUCUCACAGAAGCGUCAUUGCAGGACGAACCCGUGCCGAUCAUAACACUGACGAUGUGUCUUCUCCUUCUAUGGGCCAGAGCAGCGGUAGUAGACUCAUCUAGUGGAGAUAAGUCUUCUACGAAUGCACCCUCUGAAAUGAAAGGAACAUACCCAUGAUUAGUGUUAUGGCCGACACCUUGAUUUUGCUGAACUCUCUCAGCUCAAAAUCUUUCGAUGCUUAAUGAUCCCCUAUUUGCCAAACCCACAACUUACUUGUGUAUUUGAUUAUUGUGAUGUUUGUUUGGCUGGGGUGGCAGGGUCAUUUGGGUCCAUUUGAGGGCAAUAAUUAUGUUAAAGGGGUUGUAUUGAGAUGGAGACGUUAUAUCACACAGUCUUGUAGGUUGUCUCUUUGAUGAUAAAAAGAUAAACCCUGAGAUCUCUCACUGUAUGAGCUCGGGAAUAUUUGAGGGAUUUAGACUAGUGAUUACUAGAAUUGAAUUCAUAAUAAUUGGUUUGGCAUUGUGUUCAUAUUGCUUUGCUUUCUUUAUUACCCUGUCCCAAUCAAACCAUAUGUGUAUCAGCCCCAGAUGUCUGGUGGGGUGAAAAAUACAUUAUUAUUAUUAUUAUUAUAUAAAUAAAUAUAAUAUGCAUAAAUAAAUAACUUAUAGCUGCCACCAACAGAUGUAGCACACAUUGAACCCACCAUGAUUUCUUUCCGAGAUUUUUUUUUUGUUCUUUUUUUUUGUAUUUAUUUCUGUGAUAAUUUAAAAACAACAUGCAAGCGUGGUGGUUAUAGGCCAAGUCUCCAUGUUGAUCUUCGAAUAACAGUGUGAUGUCUUGCAAUGUAAGGAUAAACACGCUUCACCGAAGUAGAGAUCAAAGAACACUAUGUAUCAAUGUCCAAUAAUCUAACAGAUAGUUUAAGACAAUUGUGGAGCAAACAUUACUGGAAUCAUGUGUAAAUAUUGUAGUGAUAUAUAUUCUAAUCCCCAACCCUUCUCGAUGUACGAUAUGUUGCAAAUAGCAAAUGAGAAACUCUUAUUAUAUAGCCUAUUAUUCAAUGGGACAUUUAUGCAUUACUCACCCAAAUGUCUUGACAUUGAAUUGUUACCAGUUCGUACACACGUGAUGGAGAUGUUUGUCGACGUACGUUUGCGUGUGUGUGUGUGUGUGUGUGUGUGUGUGUGUGUGUGUGUGUGUGUGUGUGUGUGUGUGUGUGUGUGUGUGUGUGUGUGUGUGUGUGUGUGUGUGUGGCAUCAAUGAGAACCGUGCACGAUUAUCCUUUUUUUCAGGGGAAGGAGCCGGUGGUCCAGCUGUUUGCUGUUGACUCCAAAAAUAUUUUCCAUUAAAUGGACAAA